CAACGAGCCAAUCACACGAGGCUCACGGCAACGGAGGAAUGGCGCUGUGGAACCCACUGGGCCUCGCCGGCUAUGGCUCCGACUCGGACGAGAGCGACGCGGGCGGGAUGAGCCCACCUGCGGCGCCGUAUCACACCUCGCCCAACCCUGCGCCGGCGCCGACCGAGAAGCCGGCGCAGGCAGAAGCGCGGGCGCACGAACGACAUGGCGAUGGCCUGCCCGAGCUGCCGCCGCUGCCAACGGGCGCAUGCAGGCCGGCGACGCAAGCCAAGGUCGACCAGUACAUUGCGCACACACAGCGUGGUCUGAGCUUCACGGCGAGUCUUCGCAGCAAGAAGGAGUUUGACAACCCGUACAUUCUCGAGAAGGUUGUCGACUACUUUAGCAUCGAGGAGAUGCAGAGCAACAUGGACAAGGCCAAGUUCAAUCCGUACGGAUACCACGUGGGCGACAACUACAACCGCCUCGCGCUCGCGCUGCGCUCAGAGCAGGAGGCGUUUGCGCAGCAGUGCGAACUCAAUCCGACUCUGCGCUUCACCGCGCCAUCGUCGUUUGCAAACUAGAUAGUAUAAACUCCAAAAACAGCCAACUCUCAUAUCUCCUUACUGC